GUACGGACACUGUUUGUCAGUGGCCUUCCUGUGGAUAUCAAGCCCAGAGAGCUCUACCUACUCUUCCGACCAUUCAAGGGUUAUGAAGGCUCACUGAUCAAGCUAACCUCAAAGCAGCCAGUUGGGUUUGUGACCUUUGACAGCCGGGCUGGUGCUGAAGCAGCAAAGAACGCCUUGAAUGGCAUCCGCUUUGACCCAGAGAACCCCCAGACCUUGCGGUUAGAGUUUGCUAAAGCCAACACAAAGAUGGCCAAGAGCAAGCUGAUGGCCACGCCAAACCCGACCAACAUCCACCCUGCCUUGGGAGCACACUUCAUUGCACGGGACCCCUACGACCUGACUGGUGCGGCUCUUAUUCCAGCAUCCCCAGAAGCAUGGGCUCCUUACCCACUCUACACCACGGAGUUAACUCCUGCCAUCCCCCAUGCUGCCUUCACGUAUUGCCGCAGCGCCGCUGCUCUUCACGCUCAGAUGCGCUGGUACCCUCCCUCCGAAGCUACCCAGCAAGGAUGGAAGUCUCGUCAGUUUUGUUAG